UUCCCAACUCCAUAUCGCAAGGAUGUGGACUGUCCCUUCCUGUUUUAGUGCCGAGAGAGCCACCGUACCGUCUCGCGCUGGAGCAGGAAUACAGGCUCUCAUAACGCGAUUAUGUCGGGAUUCGGGCUGUGUUCGUCUAACACACGGAACGGGCUCUUCCGUCGCGGGCUGUACCGGUUUAUGUUUUAGGGAAUGCGGUUAUGUUAUUCUCCGGGUAGCUGGUAACAGAGCAGGCCUGUUUAUUGCGCUGCCAACCCUUGUUCCUUUCCUGUGUCAAUGAUUGUCCUCCCCUCACUCUCUCAUGGCGGAGACUAAAAUAAUAUAUCACAUAGACGAGGAGGAGACUCCUUAUCUGGUCAAACUGUCCGUUUCUCCGGAGAAAGUCACCUUAGCGGAUUUUAAAAAUGUCCUCAACAACCGACCGGUCAACAGCUACAAAUUCUUCUUCAAAUCGAUGGACCAGGAUUUUGGGGUUGUCAAAGAAGAGAUUUCCGAUGACAACGCCAAGCUGCCCUGCUUCAACGGGCGAGUAGUGUCCUGGUUGGUCCUGGCAGAGAGUGGCCACUCUGACGGAGGGUCUCAGUGCACAGAGAGCCAUCCAGAGCUGCCCCCUCCUCUCGAGAGAACAGGGGGCAUCGGAGACUCACGGCCCCCCUCUUUCCAUGCCAACGCGGUGAGCAGUCGCGAUGGCCUGGACACCGAGACGGGAACGGAGUCUCUCCUGAGCCACCGCAGAGAGCGAGAGAGAGAGCGAGCACGGAGGAGAGCGAGAGAAACCGAGCUCCCUCGCAUCAACGGUCACUCGAAAUCGGAGCGCACCGCCAGGGACUCGGCCAUGGGCUACGACAGCGCCUCGGUGAUGAGCAGCGAGUUGGAGUCCAGCUCAUUCGUUGACAGUGAGGAAGACGAGGAUGCGAGCAGGCUCAGUGGCUCCACAGAACAAAGUUCUUCUUCACAGCUGAUGCGCAGACACAAGCGCCGCCGACGGAGGCACAAAGUGGCCAAAAUAGACCGGUCUUCAUCCUUCAGCAGUAUCACAGACUCCACUAUGAGCCUCAACAUCAUCACCGUCACGCUCAACAUGGAGAAAUACAACUUUCUAGGUAUCAGUAUUGUUGGUCAGAGUAAUGACCGAGGAGACGGCGGCAUCUACAUUGGCUCCAUAAUGAAAGGAGGCGCAGUGGCUGCUGAUGGGAGAAUAGAACCUGGAGAUAUGCUCCUCCAGGUGAAUGACGUAAACUUUGAGAACAUGAGCAACGACGACGCAGUGAGGAUCCUCAGAGAGAUCGUUUCCAAAACUGGUCCGAUCAGUCUUACUGUGGCCAAAUGUUGGGACCCGUCUCCACGAAGUUACUUCACCAUCCCUCGAGCUGAGCCAGUGAGACCCAUUGACCCAGCAGCCUGGAUUUCACACACCACCGCCCUGACGGGACCUUACCCCCACUAUGGUAAAAACAACCAACCGCCACCUCCAACACACUCUAUGAAGCAUCCAUUCUGUGGUAAUUAUGAUAACCUUACAACAUUUAAACAAUUGGAAAGUUCCGUUUGUCAAUAUUUCUCUUACUCCUCUCCCAUGCCAGAGUUUGAUGACUUGCCUCUGUCUGCAAGUAAAACAGACAUGGCAACCAUCGUCAAGGUGAUGCAGUUGCCCGACUCUGGCCUAGAGAUUCGAGACAGGAUGUGGUUGAAGAUCACCAUCACCAACGCUGUCAUUGGUGCUGACGUGGUGGACUGGCUUUACUCCAGAGUCGAAGGAUUCAAGGACCGGCGGGAUGCCAGGAAGUACGCGAGCAGUCUGCUGAAACACGGCUACCUGAGACACACCGUCAACAAGAUCACCUUCUCCGAGCAGUGCUACUAUACCUUCGGAGACCUCUGCCAAAACAUGGCAUCGCUCAAUAUAAACGAGGGAUCCAGCGGCGGAGGCUCGGAGCAAGACACUCUGGCACCGCUCCCUCCCACCAGCAACCCCUGGCCCCUGGGCGGGCAGCCAUUCCCCUACCCUCCUUUUCCCUCCGCGCCCCCCAGCUUCCCCCCAGGAUACUCAGACCCGUGCCACAGUUUCCACAGUGGGAGCGCAGGCAGCCAGCACAGCGAGGGAAGCCGAAGCAGCGGAUCCAACCCCAGCGCAGGCAAAGGUAGACGCUCCUCUCCACAGGAGAAGGGUCAAAGGUCAACAUGCAGCGAAUCAGAGCCCCGCGUUCGUGGAGGGAGGCGUGGCGAAAGGUCCGCCAGCCAAAUGAGCCAUCACAGCCACGCCGUCUCCGGCCACAGCCACGCCGUCUCCGGCCACAGCCACGCCGUCUCCGGUCACAGCCACGCCGUCUCCGGCCACAGCCACGCCUCCUCCGGCCACAGCCACGCCCGAUCAAGUCUCAGCCACAGUCAGUCGCACAGGAGUCACUCUCACUCACAGAACAGCCACCCGUCCUUCACCUACAGCCACGCCCCCUUCACCCAGCCGGGGCCGGGCUCAUGUGCCCACAGCGAGCGGAGCCAUGCCUCCUCCUACGGCCCCCCAGGCUUGCCUCCCCCUUAUUGUCUGGCCCGUCUGGCCCCCAAGACCUCGGUCAGCAGCAGCACGCCCCCCGGAGCCCCUCCUGGGAGAGAGUUAGCGUCCGUUCCUCCUGAGCUCACCGCCAGUCGCCAGUCCUUCCAGCACGCUAUGGGCAAUCCCUGCGAGUUCUUUGUUGACAUCAUGUGACAGGACAGUGCCUUCAAAAGCCCUAUCAAGCACAAAACUAAUUCUCCUCGGAAACCCACUCAGUCCUUUCUCUCCUCCCUCUCGAUCUUGUUUGCCUUUGACCAUCUCGUCUCUAAGUUCAGAAAGAAGACACUUGCUUACUCUACCUAACCUCCCCCUCCUGCUAGGUGUCGAUCCUUCUGAGGUCCGAGCAAAGGAAUACAGGCAGCAAGAGCACAACAAGAGGGAGCCCCCCCACACACACACACACACACACCCUCUGUGGCUGAAAACCCUCUUUUGUAUUGACUUGAAGUGUACAGUUUGUGAAACGUGAGUGGUAUUCGAUGUGGUGAUUCUUUCAAUCGGCCACGCUGACAUUCUCGGGAGCGUGUACUCCACCUGGGAUAUUUUCUCCUCUGCAAGACCUUAAAGCUGCUGGGCCUGGAUCUCAAUCCCCCAGACCCAGGCCGACACCUACAGCCCCGCCGCACUUCGUAACAUUUUCUUUGGGCCCCCGAGAACUUGUAAUCGCUUUCCUGACUCAAAUUUAGCACGUUCCACCAAACCUCCGGCGUCGCCACCGGUUUAUUUAAGCUCUUACCUGCCAACUACUAAAACAGCUAACCUGGAUCAGUUCACUUUAUAAGGGAGGCUCUGUAGCCAGCCAUUGGUUUAACUAUAGGCUGCAUAUUGCAUGACUGUCUCAACUGCUUUAAA